AGCUGCAAGGAAGAGAUCUCCAGUGCUGGAUGCAGCUUUGCCCAGUGCCCCCCACAUCCCUCCUCCCCUCCAUGUGGUGCUGAAGGACAGCUCUCCAGAAGACCCCCACUUACCCCAGAAGAGGGGUGGGAUUAUCCAGGCUGUCUCAUUGCCCUUGUGUGCUGUGUGCCUCUUCCCCAUUCAUAUGCCCUCCCUCCCCUGAUGGGUCUUCUGCACUAGCCCUGCCACCAACACAGGAGCACAAGGAUGAAAAAGAGCUUUCUGGUGCCAGAGAUUAAACCCUUGGAUGUGUAUGAUGUACAGCAGGCCAGGAUCUCUGCCUCCCUCGGCUGGCUCAUCCACAAAUGCUAUGGCAAAGAUGUGCCAGAAGAACUGUGCUCGCCCUGCUACACCGAUCAGUAUGAACAGGAGCAUGUAAAGCCAGCGGUGAUCAGCCUCCUGUUGUCCCCUGAUGUGUACUGCAGAGCAUACCGCAGAGCAUUGCCUCACGAAAGCUCCCCUCCGAGGGACAAUGCCGGCCUGCUGCUCCUCCUGGCUCGGAAGGGGUUCCCGCCUGUGCACCAGGGAGAGCCCGUGAAGACCAGUGAUCUGAGGGAGAAGCCCAUUCGUAUGGCUGCCCAUCUCGCUGUGAUUGAUUCUAUGAUGAUUGUAUGUUUAAGUCACUGCACAGAGUCUCUUCCUUCAACCGAGGAGCCUGGAUUGGGAGGCUUGGAGAUUAAGUUGCUUUCUUGGGUUGACAAGAUAAAUCGCCAGUUGCUGGAAGAAGCCGAAAGGGAACAAGGUCAGAAGCAGCUCUCAGCCCCAGAGGGUCCAAACCAGGCUGGGAUCCGGUAUCGGAAAGACAAAGCUCUAUCCAGACAGACCCCAUGCUUUACAUCCGUAUCAUCCUUGAGAGACUUGUCUAAUGGGAGUGCCCUGGCUGCCAUGAUUCACUAUUACUGCCCAGCUGAGCUCAGACUGCAGGAUGUCUGUUUGAAGGAUACAAUGUCAGUAGCUGACAGUCUCUACAACUUGCAGCUCUUGAGAGACUUCUAUGCCAACCAUCUGCCACCAUCUUGCCCACUUUCCCUGGAGGACCUCCUGUAUGUGCCCACUGCCUUGAGGGUAAAUCUCCUUUCACUAUUAGCAGACCUGUACUACUGUUUUGAAGUAGCCAAACCCGACUUUGUGAAACCCAAAGAUUUGCAGCCCGGGAACGAGAGUACAACACCUUCAAGUGCGCACAGUGGGGGGGGUUCUCCAAUAUUUACCUUCAAACCAGGAACCACAGGAUCGUUGCCUCACUCGUCAUCAAUGUCCCACAUGGAUGGGUUUGGAAAGACGUGGACGAAAAACCCAUUAAGUCAUCCUCUAUCUCAAGCAGUCUCCUUUAGUAUACCAUUUGGGCUUGACAGUGAUGUUGACAUAGUAAUGGGGAACCCUGUAAACAUUCUUCGCUCUGUUAGCUCAGACAGCCUAACUGCUCCAGUCUACGCUCCAUCCUCACCAAACUGUGUUACAAGAGCUACGUAUACCCCUACUGAGGAUGCAGCAGAAUUUCCGAUGCAACCCCGCACCUUCAAAAAAGUCCCAUUAACUGGGAAGGGAACCAAUGACCUGCAGGUUCAGGAGAAACCAGGUGGAGGACAAGGAACACAGACAGAUCUCCCAACAAUUGAAGAAGCUCUGCAAAUCAUCCACAGUUCUGAAACUAGGCUUGUCCCAGAGGGAGCACCAGAUGGUUUCUAUCUUCACUCACCAGAGGAAUCUAAGCCAUCCAAGGUGGAAGAAGAACCUGUCCCAAACUUGGGUGUUUACAGGACUCAUGAUGGUUCUAGAAGGCUCUCGAGAGAUGAUGACUCUGUCCUGCGAGAUAAUAGCUUGGAUUCUGAUGCAGAGGAGACCAGACAAACUCAAGAAUCCAGUAGAAGCUCACUCAGCUCCCAGGCUGAUUCUUCUGCUGGGUCUGGUGCAAAGAUGACAAGUUUUGCUGAACGCAAGAAGAAACUUGAUGCCAAAGUUAACCCAGAUGGUUCCCCAUCCUCAGUACCUAAUAAUUCUCCUAAUACAACCACAUGGGCACAAAAAGCUGAGGAGUCUCCAGUUAAGAGCCCAGCCUUGAACUCUGAGAUGAACCAGCUUGGUGCUAGGCUUGAAGAAAAAAGAAGGGCUAUUGAGGCCCAGAAAAAAAGAAUAGAAGCUAUAUUUGCGAAGCAUCGACAACGUCUUGGAAAGAGUGCCUUCCUCCAGUUAAAAAGGAGAGAAGGAGAAGAUGAUGGAGAUGAAGGACUGGACGAUUUGAAGUUAUCCCCAGAUGAAGGGCUUCCUAAAGAAAGUGAAGAUGAAAAACUUAAGAAAUUAAGUGAAGGAGAAGAAAAAAAUAAUGGGGGGACACCUGAUGCAUCUGUGAAAAAUCGUAGUGAGAAACAAGUUAGCUUUUCCCCAGAAGUGACAAAAGCAGGGCUGGAGGAUAAUCUUGGCGAAUACAACCGGGCAGUAGCUAAACUGAAUACUGCACUGUCGUCUCUGCAGUCUGACAUGAAGAGGCUGUCAGACCAACAGGAGAAGAUGAUGAAGAAAGAAAGUAAAGCUUGGGUUAUACCAGCUCCAAAGUCCUCACCUCCAGCCCAUCGGCCAAAGUCAUCACCCCCCACUAGACUUACCAGGGAGAUCCAAAUGCCUCGUUCCUCCCCAGCAUCUCCUUCACAGUCGCCUUCACGUAUGGCUCCAAAAUCUCCACAGCCCAACACUAGAAGAUCACUACAGGUACAACCAGUUGCACCUAAGAGUCCCAAAAAUACUCGUCCUGUUGAGCUUAAGAUUCCACCUCUUAACAGAGUACUCCUCGCUCCGCAUAAUGUGGACACCAUACCUCACUUACGUAAAUUUUCCCCCAGCAAAGUUUCUGUCCAGACACGGUCCUCUAUCCAUUUCACAGAUGAAGAACAUGAAGAUGAGGAAACUAUGCCAAAUUAUGAGGUCCAUGGGAACUCGCGCCCUGUGGCUUCAGUGGUUCCUCAGAGCAGCGGAGUCGGGUCAUUGGCUGAAGAAGAUAAAGAAACAAAACGGAGUAGUUUGAUUGAGAUCCCAUUAUCCGAAUUGCAGCCAAGAGAAGAUGGGGAAGUAGAUGGAAUGGACUCAUUAGAAGGAACUCCAGGGGAGGAAGGAGGACUGCAGAGAGGAGUUGGAUUCUUCUUUAAGGGUGAGGAACGGACAGAGGAUGAGAUGGCACAAAGGAGGGCAGCUCUGCUGGAGAAGCAGCAGAAGAGGAUAGAGGAAGCACGGAAAAGAAAACAAUGGCAAGAUGAGGAAAAAGAAAAGAAAGAGGAGGCCAGUCCACCGCAACAGCAGGAGGAGCAACAGCGCAAGGAGGAAGAAACAGUGCAGCGUCGAGGGGACUUCACCAGGCAAGAGCACCAGCGUCGACAGCAGCUGAAGAUUAUGGAAGAUCUGGAUAAAGUCCUUCGGCAAAAGCCUAUGACCGUUCGAGCUGUUAAAAAACAGCGCCCCAAGACAGUUUUCCAUGACGACUCUGUAAUUUCCCGAAGUCCCAUGAGAGGACUGUUGGGCUCCAAACUAAGUAAAGUCUAUUCUCAGUCCACCAUGUCCCUCUCUACUGUGGGAAAUGACAAUGGUGGAGGAACAUUUAGAAAGUCACCUCGAUCCCCAAGAGCCGACUCCCCUUCUGGACUAGUGUCUCCCAACCGGUCUCUCUUCGCGCAGAAUGGAGACAAGGACUGGGACACUGGUUCUACUGCAUCAUCUCCAGCCUCCAUCCCAGAGUAUACAGGGCCCCGUCUGUACAAAGAACCUAGUGCAAAAUCUAACAAAUUUAUCAUCCACAAUGCAUUGUCCCACUGCUGCCUUGCAGGCAAAGUCAAUGAACCGCAGAAGAACAAAGUGCUAGAGGACAUGGAUAAGAGCCAAGCCAACCAUUUUGUCAUCCUGUUCCGUGAUAGCAGUUGCCAGUUUAGAGCGGUUUAUACCUUUUCGUCCGAGACUGAUGAACUUACUCGUCUGGCAGGCUACGGUCCACGAACAAUUAAUUUGUCCAUGGUUGAAGAAAUCUACAAAUACAGUUCGGACCGCAAACGAUUUACUCAGAUACCCAGCAAGACCAUGUCCAUGAGCGUCGAUGCCUUUACCAUCCACGGUCAUCUCUGGCAGAUCAAAAGGCCCACUACUCCCAAAAAAGCCAGUACACCCAAAUAGAUAUCCAUCUUGGAACUGUAAUUUCAGUUGGGGGAAGCCUCUUUCCAGCUUCUGUUAAGUCAUGUCCUUUUGCUUCUGAUGUUUUUUUUUUUAUUUAUUUUUUUAUUUGACCCCACUUGUUUGUCAUUAGUAUCUCUGGGAAAACUGCUGAGGGAACUAGAGUCCACACUGUAGGCCAGGUAGGUGGCUAGGCAUAAAGACUUCUUUACAUGUUGGUUGUAACAGGCUACGAUCUAAACUGAUGACCAUUGCAAACGACUGGUAUUGUAUGACGUUUAUGAAUGUAGGCCCUGUAGCUUCCACCUUUCCACGCAAGAUAGUUUUUUUUUUUUUUUUUUUUUAACUCUGAUGUGCCAAGCUGGUGCCUUCCAUGAACUUGGUGCCACAUAUCAGUCCACACCAGUUUUUCCAUCUGUGCCUUCUACAGUACAAAAUUACAGAUCUAUCUGCUCUUUAAGAUGGCUUUUUUUUUUUUGCAUUCUUACUUUAUAUCUUUUGUUUGCGUGCUACCUUCUGAGUUGACUUGUGGUGACCUACUUUCUGCUGAAGGUAGCUAGGUGUCUGCAUGGCUACUUUAACCACUAGUUUUUCUUUACAAUGGUUUACUGCCCAUAACUUAUUCAGCGCCUUCUUUCACUGCCUAUUCACCAUGUGAAGUGCAGCCAUGGACUAUUCCAUGCCUUGCCUCUAGCAACUGCCCAUCAUCUGAUAUAUGCUUCCACUGGUAGCUUACAGUUCAGUGUUGUGCCGCAUGUCCAGUGCUAUGUAUCAGCUUAAUGAACUGCCCUUGUCUUGUAUCUGCUUACAUCAUGCUUUAAAAUAUUUCCUCCAACUUUUGGAGAGCUUCAUGUAGGAAGUUUUUUUUUCUUUCUUUAAUAUAUAAGUGUAAGCUGGUGAGCCUGUUUUUUCCAGUAAUUUUUUUUUGUCUUUGUUUUACUAAAUCCUAAGUUACAGGGGCUGGAUCCUAGUAGCCUAGAUGCCCCUGACUUUGACAAAAACAGUGAAGAAAGAAAUGUUGGUGUUGUAUACGUUCUAGCCACUACGUGGAGAAUGAACUCUUUUCUUCGGUCUCUAAAAUGUAGAUAAUAUUUGUAUAUUCUAAAGAUCCAGGCUGAAACCUGGACAGACGCUGUUUAUAUGUAUUGAAUUGUGGUGGGAAUUAAUUAUGGGCUGCACAUGUUCUGACCCUUUACGUAAAUUCACUUCUUUCCCAUAACCUUCCUGGUCUGUAUCCACUUGGGAAAUGGUCACGGGGCCAGAUGCUUGACACAGGCUCUGUAGAUCUACCCUAAUAAGCAUAGGGGCUGUGACUGCUUUUGUUUGGGAUUCUAUUCUGGACUAGAUCUGCAAGCCUGGUGCAUGUACAUAGUGAGCCAUCUCUAGUGAAUUGGCUAAUAAAACAUACCUUUCUCGCAUAAGCUAUAGCUACUGAAGCAGUGGUAGAUACUGUCUUGCAUCCUACCACACUUAGAAAAUGUCAGCCCCAAGCAACUUGCUUUUUCACUUUAAUAUUUCCCACUCAUAAGUCCUUAUGAUCAGCACAAAGAAAGAUGGUAUAAAAUUGCAGGGAGAAAGACCAUGCUCUGCAGAAGCACACUUUAUAAUACAGGUGGUGGGCUCUGUAGAACAUAAACUCUAUGGAGCCAGGUUUUAUAAUCUGCUACUUGGAAAGCUCCCUAUACAUUAUUGCUUAGGCAUAUACAGUAGCUGUAGGGUUGGUGUACUGAAGGGAGUAGAGAAAUGUUAGAAUUUUUUGGUCCCCUAAAGGAAGGGGACUAUCUACCACAUUCAUUCCCACAUUCUCAUUGUAAGAAAAGGUCAGGUACUGAGUCCUGCCCCUGAGGAUUAAGGUCACACCCCCACAGAACUCAUCAUACACUAUUUAUAAACAUACUACAGAUAACAUGGAUGAAUUG